GAACUCCGUUGUGUAACCAGUCGAUUGCCGAGUCAUGGAUGGUGUCGUCGUUACACCACAACCGCACUACAAGGACGACCACUUUAGCAGCAUGACUGCACUCAGGUGCCGGCACCGGUGACAGACACAUGGCUUUGCGUCACAGACACUCCCGGCAGACAGUUAUAAAUCGCGCGUUUGUGUCGAAGCUAUCAUUUUAGCCGCGAGCUAACGUUCGUAGCCGAGUCCCUCGCUAGUGUAACCGGAGUAACACCUGUUAUUGACAAGCGGAGGGUCAACAUCAUCCAGACGGAAGCUGCAGCCAUGGCGUACAUGCAGACCUACUGCGGGGCCAACACCUCCAUCUCCCACACCUGGGUGGACGAAGGCAUCUCCCCGUGCUUCUACUUCACGCUGGUGCCCACCAUCCUGCUCACCUUCUGCUUCUUCCUCGGCACCAUGCACUGCGUAUUCUACCAGAAGUACGGCACGGUCAUGGAGCCCAAGUUCAUCCCGCGCUCCCGCCUCUACGCCUUCCAGCAGGCCGUCUCGGUCCUGCUGGCGCUCCAGUUCCUGAGCGGGAUCGCGUGGCAGGCCUCCCGCCCGGAGGAGUUCCCCGGGUACGUGCUGCUGUACGGCCUGUUCUCCGCGCUGGCCUGGGUUUGGGCCAUCGCCCUGCUCCGGGUGGAGAGGCGGCGGGCCCUGCUGAUGGACCGGACGAGGGGGCACAGCGCCGUCCUGCUGCUGUUCUGGGCCAUGGCUUUUUCGGCCGAGAACCUCGCCUUCAUCUCCUGGUACAGCCCUCACUGGUGGUGGAGCAUGGAUAAUUCACAACACCAGGUGCAGUUUGGACUGUGGCUGAUGCGCUACAUCGGCACCGGGCUGCUCUUCUUCCUCGGCCUCAAAGCGCCGGGGUUGCCGCGGAGACCGUACAUGCUGCUCAUAAACGAAGACGAGCGGGACGUGGAGAACAGCGCACAGAGCCUGUUGGGAAGAACAGAGGAGAACCAGUCUACCUGGCUGGGCUUCUGGAAGAAGGUCCGCCUGCUUGUUCCUUACAUGUGGCCUCGGGGGAACAUCGUUCUCCAGCUGUUGGUCCUCUUCUGCUUGGGGCUGCUGGGAACGGAAAGGGCGAUCAACGUCUUUGUGCCCAUUUACUACAAGAAUAUUGUGAAUGAACUGACAGAUGGCAGCACCUGGCGCACUCUGGCCACGACGGUGUGUAUUUACGUCCUGCUCAAGUUCAUGCAGGGCGGCGGCGCAGGCGCCUCCGGCUUCAUCAGCAACCUGCGCUCGUUCCUCUGGAUCCGGGUGCAGCAGUACACCAACCGGGUGGUGCAAGUGCGCCUCUUCGCCCACCUGCACUCGCUCUCGCUGCGCUGGCACCUGGGCCGGAAAACCGGGGACGUGCUGAGGAGCAUCGACCGCGGCACCUCCUCCAUUAACAGCCUGCUCAGCUACAUCGUGUUCAGCAUCUUUCCCACCAUCGCCGAUAUCGUCAUUUCCAUCAUCUACUUCAUCACAAACUUCAACGCCUGGUUCGGCCUCAUCAUCUUCGUCUGCAUGGCUUUGUACCUCACUCUGACCAUCGUCAUCACCGAGUGGAGGACCAAGUACAGGCGAGACAUGAAUCAGCAGGACAACAACGCCAAGUCCAAGGCCGUGGACUCCUUGUUGAACUUUGAGACGGUGAAAUAUUACAACGCGGAGGGCUAUGAAGUCAGCCGGUUUGACGACGCCAUCUUGAAGUAUCAGAAAUCCGAGUGGAAGACCCAGGCCUCCCUGGCCCUUCUCAAUCAAACGCAGAACGUCAUCAUCGGAUCGGGCCUGCUGGCCGGCUCCCUGCUCUGUGCCUACUUUGUCACCGAGGGAAAGUUUCAGGUUGGAGAUUUCGUCCUCUUCGGCACCUACAUCAUCCAGCUUUACACCCCGCUCAACUGGUUCGGAACGUACUACAGGAUGAUCCAGAAUUCUUUCAUUGACAUGGAAAGCAUGUUCAAGCUUUUUGAAGAAGAGGAGGAGGUGAAAGAUGAAGUAAAUGCAGGAAACCUCCUCUAUAAACUUGGAAAGGUGGAGUUUGAGAACGUUUACUUCAGCUACACAAACGGCAAAGAGAUUCUCAAGGAUGUGUCCUUCACUGUCCUUCCAGGACAGACCGUUGCGCUGGUGGGACAGUCCGGAUCUGGGAAAAGCACCAUCAUGCGACUCCUCUUCCGUUUCUACGACGUUCAGGGAGGCUGCAUUCGCAUCGAUGGCCAGGAUAUAUCGAAAGUGAAGCAGACAUCUCUGCGAGCUCACAUCGGCGUGGUUCCCCAGGACACGGUGCUUUUCAACGACACCAUCCGGAACAACAUUCGCUACGGCCGCAUCGCUGCCAGCGACCAGGAGGUGGAGGAGGCCGCUUUAGCUGCUGACAUCCACGACAAAAUCAUGGCCUUCCCCGAAGGUUAUGAGACACAGGUCGGGGAAAGAGGUCUGAAGCUGAGUGGAGGAGAGAAGCAGCGGGUGGCUAUCGCCAGAACCAUCCUCAAAGCACCGCAGAUUAUCCUGCUGGAUGAGGCUACGUCUGCCCUGGACACCCAGACGGAGCGCAACAUCCAGGCCUCUCUGGCUAAAGUCUGCGCCAAUCGUACAACAGUUGUUGUAGCUCACAGGUUGUCCACCAUCAUCGCAGCAGACCAGAUCCUGGUCGUCAGCGACGGCCGGAUCGCAGAGCGAGGACGACAUGAGGAACUGCUGCUGAAGGGAGGCAUGUACGCGGACAUGUGGCUGAAGCAGCAGCAGGCCCAUGAUUCAGAUUCAUCGUCCGACACGGAAGCCAAGGAUCGCAAGUCGGAGAAGCUGCAGCCUUCGACCUCGUCGGGCCCUCCCCACGGACACUGAAUGUGAAACUCGACAUUUUUAUCGCCCCUUUCAAUUGUAAAUAUAAUAGAAUACUCUGCUGGAUGAAAAUGUUAUUUAUAUUUAGGAUUUUUCAGCUGAUUGUGCAAUGCACGGAGAAAAGGGAAGGUGCCUUAGUAAAAGUGAGGAGGUAGUAACACUACUGUACGUUCAUUAGACUUUAUAUACCAGAGUUUUGGAGCUACGUCCAAAGUGUUGACGCAGGGACUGGAGCAAUAGGGUGAAAUAAUUACCACAAGACAAAAUAUUACAUUGACAGUUUGAUAGUGUUCAUAUUUAUGUUUUUAUAUAUAAAUUUGACUUUUAUUUGUUUGUCUUAUCAGUUUUUUUUUCUUAAAAAAUAGGCAUUUUCUCUUCCUGGUGGAAGUUAAAGGGAGCGUCAGAGGAAAUAGCAAUAACAGAUUAACUCCGCAUCUGAUGGCGUUGAGAGGCGAAGGAUUCUGUUUCGUACUGUAUAGGAGAAUGAGUUGAUAAACACGCUGUUAGGUUUUUUUUUCCUUUAGUUUUUUAAGCCUUUGGUUGCUGGAUUUUUAGCUGUUAUUUAAAGUGUCUAGUUGUUGUUUUUUUGCGAGCAUCUGCACACCCUUGAUCACGGAGGAAAAGGCUAAAGUCGGACAAUCUGUACAGCAGCUUUAAUGGAGCCAAGUUGUUAUCCGUCCAAUGAUAAUACUUUUAUUUUGGCAAAAUAUAACAUGUAAGUGUAUGGUCACAUACACUAUUUAUGAAUAAGAAUUUGUCCGUCAUCUGCAGUUUUUUCGUCUACCUCACAAAAGGCGUCACUCAUCGUUAAACCGCUGUUGAAAUAUUCAGUUUUGUCCCGUGCUUGUGUACAAUAAAAGAUCUUUUUAUGUGUC